AUGACCACAAAACACAGCCCAUUGCAGAUCUUUUGCCUGGUGGUCAACUUUCUUGUUGUUGUUUUGACGACCGUUGUGGCAUUCACAAUAUUAGGCCGUCAGUACCAACUACUGGAAGCAAUUCCUGGCUUGUUUCGCAACGACCUUCAAAAGGUAGCUGAAGCCCAACCGAGCCCAAUCUCCCCUCCGCAAUGGUUGCACUGCACCUGGGGAGUGAUCCUCGUCUGGCAGGUGGUGUGGGCAGUCCACGGCCUGGCGUCCAUCUGCAGGACCACGUUUGGGUUUCCUGUGUACACCAAUCCUGUGCUGCUGACGCCGUUGAUGCUGGUGCUGUUUAUGUUUGCUUGCGGCUUCAACGUCUCCUGGUUUAUUCUAUAUGACAGGCUGUACACGUCAACCUCCUGCUUGUUUGUGUUCCUCAUGACCUCCACGGCCUGGACAGCCUAUGGGCUCUCGUUGACAGCGCUCAACUUCAACUAUUACCGGAUGCAGAAGACGAGCAUGGAGUGUGAGGUCUGCGUGACCAGAGUCCUGGUUCAGAAUGGACUAGCUGCCUACGCUAUGUGGGGCGUGUUUGUGCUGGCGUUCAAUGUGGCUGUGGCCCUCAUUCACAACACACACACACAUACGUCUGAAAACAUGGCUACAAUAGUGGCCAUACUGGUGAUUGCGUGUGCACAGCUCAUCUACCUGGCCGUGGAUGUUGUCUGUCUCGACGAUUUUUCAAGGUACAUAAUCACGCCGUACUUUAUACCAAUCAUAGUCCUGGCUGCCUGUUUGUUUCGUCAGGAGGUCUGGUUCAGCACGGACAUCAACUUCAUCCUUCUGACCACCCUGUUAGCCUUCGCCUUUUUGUCCCUGAUGGCCAAGAGUGCCUGGACAACCUAUAAAAUCAUCCGAAACAACACUGGAGGCGGGGACAUCACGGGAAGUGGGCCCUCCUCACCGGUCAAUGAGUCCUACUAUUUGCUGAAAUAG